AUGCCAUCCUCACCCCCACCCCUGACCCUGGAGUCGAGUUUGUAUUUGUUUCAUCAUGUUUUCCUGCCACCGAAACUCCCACAAUCCAACGACUACAGCGCACAACAUGAACUUCUCCUUCUUGACAGAGUUAAAGAUGCUCUUUGUGACUUUAGCUCUAAUGCUCAGAGCCGUGAUGUGGCUAUCAUUACUACAGCUUUAUCGAUGAUGAGAGUUUUGAGGGCUAUUUUGGGGAGUGAAGGAGAGGUCAAUGAGGAGGCGCUGAGAAAGGCCUUACAGAAUUUAGAUGUGGAAGGUGGUAUUCUUCCUAUCUAUGUUCGGGACCAGAAUGCUGGUAUUUUGUUGACGCGAACUGGCAAUGCUAUCAACGUGGAAUCAUUUGAGCUGUCCCCUCGCAACGGAGAUGUUAUGGCUACAGUUGGCCGUCUACAACGUGUAUUCCCAGGCCCUACUCUGGCAUUGGUCCAGAGCACUUUCAGUGAACCACGAUUUCAACAGGCCAUAUCCCAGACUGUCUCCCGGAUGAGCAACCAGUCAGUUGCAGGUACGAAGCUGAAAGUGAAAAAGGCCGGUCAAAUGCACGACGAGGAUAGAGACACUACUCAUCCCAAAAUGGUGACAGAGUUCAUCAUGGCCAUCCUGCGUCCGCGGUGCACCGACGUCGACGUGCUGCAAAUCCAAAAGAAUACGCGCGAAGAAGUUCUGUGGAAUGAUUGUCGCUCUCCAUGGCGAAGAUCAGCUUUGUGGCUGCUGACACGGGUUGUCCUUCAAUUGGUCUUUCAACGUGAAAGACGCUCAGACGAUCUGUACAAGGGCUUCAUGGUUUUCUUUAUGGCUUCUCUCGUUCAAACAGCUCCGCCGGAUUUGCCUAGCGAGAUGCUGUACUUGAUGACUCUCAAGAUUGCUAGGCGAUUAAUCAAGCUGGAUCUUUCUGAUGAGCCUCCCUGGUUGAAAUUCGUCGACGUCAUUGUGACACAAGCGAAUGAUAGAGUUCGAGAUAUGUGGCAAGAGGUCAUGAAAUCUAGCAACCGGCCAAGUAAAAGGCCUUUGGAAAACUUGGACUUUGGCGAGGACAUCUUCUGUACACUCCCAGCUCUUGAUGGAUAUCUUCGAAAGAUCCAACAACGAACCCAUGAGCAUUCCCCGGUCUCCCAGAAUUACCAGCCCACAAAGAAACUUCAAAGGCAUAUAUCCACAGUGUUGCCGGUGGAUCUUGAGUUUGGAGACACUGGCUUUCAGAUCUACAACCUCGCUGCCAUGGAGGACUGGGUCGCGGUAAACCUCGAGUAUUGGCUAGAAAGUAACCGAACGGAAGAAAAUACGUGCGGCCGUCUUGCUGAUCUGAUGACUGCUUAUCACAAAGCUGCGUCGUCGCAAUACUCAAAAAACCCAGAAGCUUUGUCUGUCAUAGUCCUAACGCUUCUGGAGUUGUGGAUUGCAUGUGACAAGUCCGCCAUCUAUUUCCACCCGCUUCUGAGGGAGUAUGAUCCGUUUGUCCCAAGAGAUAUCUUUCAGUCUCUUUUGUUACCUUUCCAAUCCCAGAUGGACAGGUUAUCUCGUGCCGAAGAAUAUCUCAAGCAACGGGAAGCCGCCUUGGAAUAUAAAGGGAAUUUUCUUUUUCGAGACUUCGGCACCGAAUCAUGCUUUUCUGUUCGGUAUUUUGACCAGUCACCUUGUCACCAAGAGCUUUUCCAGACCAUCCGAGAACACGCCAACCGAAAGAGAUCGGAGAAAGAGUCAGAGUUUAAGCGAAAACAACAAGAGUACAAUGAGCUGAAAGACUUGGUCAAUAGGACAGAGUGUGAAUAUGACGCCGUUUCUGACUUGCAAUCUGACAUAGGAGAGUCCCGCCAUAGCUCCUCCUGCCUUCGUUGUAAAUACGAGGCCGAGGCCAAUGGAAUUGAAAUCAGUAUCCAUGAAUGGCCCUUGCCGACGAAUGAGUUAGAGGCUAAGUCCACCGUUUUCGAACUCAACGUACCGCGACCAUUCGGUUGCUGGAGAGACGCCACUGUUGUCUUCCUUUCAAAGAUUUUAGGCUAUGGGUAUUCGCGCAAGCAGUCGCCGAGGGCUCGGUAUACACUGGAGAGAUACAGGGGUCUUUCGUCAUUCUACGUUACUUUCAAGCAUAGCCAAUGCAUUGGUCUUCUUUCAGAAGAUAAGCCUCAUGAAGCGACACACCGGAAGAUAAAACUGUUAACCAAUGUCACAAUAGAUGACAUUUGUCUUCCUAAUGGGUUGAGCUUCAGAUAUUUCGACAAUGCACUCGGAUGUUUUGUUGCAUGGUUUCAACGAACAGCCAAGGUUGCAAACAUGUGCACUUAUCAACUGCCCCAGCAAAGUUCGUCUCUGCAGCAGUUCCUGCGCCGACCUGCAGAAGGAUUGAGUGGCCCGUCUCCUAAUUCGGCCAUAUCAAGUCAGUUUAACGCCCCGAAGAAUAUGUCACUUGGAGAGUACAAAUCACUCGCAUCAAUGCCGCUGGGGUGGAAGGUGCAGUGGCAAAAUGUCCUUUUGGAAUUAUCGACGUCUGCGGUAGAUUUCAAAAAGGUUGAAACGGUGAUAUUCAUUCUUCAGGUUAUCAACGAAGCUGGCCCGCCGCAAUCGCAUACUGGACCAAGAAUAGGGCACAUUAUUCUGAGUGACGAGAAAUUUGCAGCUACGAUACUCACUCGAAUUGAUCAGGCAAAGGAAGAAAUUAAAGAAAACUGGGCUUUGACUCACGGGAUGUGCGCUCUCAUAUUCCUAGUAUCAAGGGUCUUGUCACUAUCCCCGUCUUCCGAUAUUCGGAGACUAUGUACUCAUCAUCUGAUAGAGCUUCGGCAUAUUGUUUUUCGCUGGGCUACUCUUGUGAGAGAGGAUAUGAAUCAGACUGCUGACGACACACAAAAGAUGAACAUGAUAGGGAGAAGCUUUCAACUUGCAUUAGUGUGCGCGGAAACAUUCAACGUGGAGAGUUUGCCUGAAGUCUUUGCGACGCCAUCGGAUAUAUCCAUCUACAUCCAGUGUUGCAUGAUGAUUCAUGACAUGAAAAAUGCCUCAUCCAUGGAAUCUGGCUCACUGCUUUCCAUCCUGUACCAUCGGUGGCAAAGCCUGUCCUACCGCAGCCACCCAAUUCUGACAGCUAAGGUUCUUGAUCAAGGAGACCCAGGGCUAGACAUGGCUUUCAAGGAGGUUUGGGUGGCCUAUGAUCGUCGAACCAGUUGGUCCAGAGUCUGGCCUGAAGUUGAUUAUUGGCUCACUACUCGAAACGAGCCGCAGUCUUUUCAGGGUACUGGCAUGUUGAUUCAUUAUAAUCUGUUGAGCGGUGAGUUACUUGUCAACGGUAUUCCGCUAGCUCGUUUGCCUUCGGAAUAUGAACGGCAUCAGACAUACCAGACCCUGUUCGGGAGGUCUCCGCUGGAUGUGAUGCCGAGCGACAUACCUGCGAUGCAGUUCUGCUGUAGAAACCCCUAUAUGGAGCACACUGUUCACUUGGGAUUCAACAAUACCGACUUGCUGGUUAGAUCGGAGAAAGAACAUCACGUAUGGGAGUUCAUUCCCCCCAGAUUGUUGGACGGUUGCUUCCCCGAUGCUUUUUUUGAGAACUACACCCAUUGGUACGCUGUGGACCACGGAUGUGUUGAGUUUCGACCGGUCAAGAACCCUUGGAUUUCAUCUCAAUUCAACUGGCGUUUGAGAAGAUCUUCGUCACAUGGCCAAUGGUUUCUCGAGAAACAAGGGACGUACUUGAUCAGCCAGGAAAGUGAAACUGCGAAGCUCAUAUCCAAGAUUUUCGAACCGAUUGAGAAGGAAUCAAAAGUACACUGCAUCUUCCACAGGAAAGCAAAAGGACUCGACAUUCACAUUCCUCGCCUUCUAUUGGGGUUUACUCUACAGCCGAAAGGUUUCAAUAUUCAAUCCCGCCAAUACACCCCGGGAUUCGGCCUGCGCAACAAGAUCAUCCUCGUACGGGCAGACAGCCAGGAUCGUAUGAUCCUUAUCCCUGAAGGGAGGGUAACGUGGAGGAAAAAUGGUGAACAUGUUGAUGUCAAUAUAUGUUGGGCAAAUGAGACCAGACUACAUGCGUACUGGAUCGACAAAGAGCUAGGUCGACUGGGUGACAAUGGGAGCUUACAAAGCAAGUUGUUUCUGGCUUACUUGCAUGCUAUCACAUCGUCCUAUCUUCCAGACCCGUUGUUAAAGAAGACCGGAACUGAGCAAGCGCUUGAAAUCCUUCGCUCCGCGUCAAUCAGGUCGUUCGCCCGGCUUGCAGCGGAGAACGUGAAAAUUCUUGAAAACAUUGCUUCAAUAACUCCGGAAAGAAGCUAUUAUCCUGCAAAUGAACGUCUCAUGCAACAAGUGAGCUGGCAGCCUGAUCUUGGCUCGCUAUCUCAACACGAAGGGUUUUAUGAGGAAGUGAAGGCGAUAAUUGAUCAAGAUCGCCGCAUGAGCAUGUUUUACCCAGGCAAAGAACCUCCUCGGAUUUCGCUUCCACACGUAGAAGGAACCUUGUUGACGCGUUCUAAGCUCCGAACUUCUUCAUUCCGUGUUUCAGGGUUUGGGGCGGAUGAUCACACAGAUGAAUUUGACUCUCGCUAUUCUGGCCUUGACCGUAUCCGCAAGACCGCCCAGGGGUCCCGAGUCUUUACUUUGUGCAAGAUGAUCUACGAUGAAAUUUGCUGUGUGCAAAAUCUUGAUUCGGAGACACGGCUAUCUCAUCUUUGGAAAUUCAUUUCACAGGCAGACCAUGUGAACGGGCCUAAUUUCCGAAUUGAUGCCAAGAAGAUGGUUUAUGAUGCAAGCUUGAUUCUGCAACCAGAAGACUGGAUUGCCAGAAAUUGGUGCAGUGUGCAUCAACUUCUCUGCACGCGCGGCCCGCAGCUGGACAAAUUCAAGUUUAUGAUUUGGAUGGCGACCAUGGGGUUUUCAGAAAAGGCCAACCUGGUCGUCUUGGAAACAGUCGCAUUAAUUUACCUCAACCCCGGGGCAGCUUCGGUAUCGCCACCGCCUAGAACAUUCUUUCGACCACCAAUGGGCUAUGAACUGGACAGAGAGAAAUUGACAUCUCUGAUCCAGACAGCGUAUUGUUCGCGGACACCAGAGUGGUAUCUCAAACGCGAAGCGUACGAGAGCCGGAAACAGUUGGAAGCACGCAAGAGAAAUAUGCUAAGCGCAAAUAGACAAUUGGUUUGUGGCAGACUGAUAAGACAUUUGGAGGAUCAGUGGAGGUCCAACUCCCUUACAGCCCCUGUCCCCGGAACAGAUCCAAGAGUAAAUGACUAUGUGGAUGUACGAAGCCUCUUGGUGAGUGUUGGGCAAUGUUUUGGUCUAUGGCGCGGGAACAGAGAAUUGCGGCAGUAUCUCUCGAAUGUUGUGGCUUUAUUUGAAGGUGACAUGGCCCGGUCGAUAGAGCUGGCGCACUACCCUUGUCCACGCCAUGUUGGAUCUGUGCAGCGGAAAGUCCGAUUUGUUCGAUUUGAAGAUCUACUUGCGUUUUCGCCAGAAUUUGACAUGGUACACCCAGAAUUGCAAACCUUUGCUCGAUCGGUCUCACGGAAACAAGCUCCGACACACGACAUGGCUGACUUGGUCGAGAAACUGAGACUGCAAGCCAAAUCAAGUUAUGAGAAGUGGUACGUCGACCAGCUGAAUAGCAGUGUGGCGUCUUUGCAGAAAGCAAAAGGGACAUUGGACGUUGAACUAGUGACCCAAACCGUGGAGGGAAAUAUCACUGAGUACGUUUCACGCUGUCACGACUACGCCGAAAGAAUCUACGCGGUGAUUGUUUCGCAGAUACCCUGUCCCGGCAUGACAGCUCGUGGAGUAGGACCGAAGGAGUUCUCAAGAGCCAAAGUUCUAGCUCUGUUAGCUGCAGUGGAUUACUGGCCAAGAGUAUCGCCAAUCCUUUUGCUUCAGCAGUUAUCGCGCAACCACUGGCAUCGAUUGCCGACUGGCUGGAAAAGGGCAUUGAUCACCUACGGAUGCUCCCUUACGACUCUACAACGCGCAAAGCGACUGACCAGCCUCAUCAACAAGCCGGAUGAGUUAUUGAAGGAACUUAAAAAUCCAGGUCAUACUAAUUGGGAUCCAUUAGACUACCCCGAGUCUCUUCUGGUAGAGAUAGAGAAUGGUAUCCUAAUCCGGGAUGUCCAGGAAGACAUUGCGAAGCAGAUGCGACAAGAAACAGGCGAGAAUGUUGUCAUGCAAUUGAAUAUGGGCGAGGGAAAAUCAUCGGUCAUCGUUCCUAUUGUCGCUGCCGCACUUGCAAAUGGGUCGUGUUUGGUUCGCGUGCUUGUAGCGAAGCCGCAAUCCCGACAAAUGUUUCAGAUGCUCGCCUCGAAGCUGGGCGGCCUACUGGGACGGCGUGUGUACCACAUGCCUGUAUCGCGUUCACUCAAGUUUGACCAAGCCGAAGCCGACGAGAUCGAGAAAAUGUGUCGAGAGUGCAUGAAGCAGGGCGGCGUUUUACUCGUCCAGCCGGAACACAUACUUUCCUUGAAGUUGAUGUGUAUUGAGUGCUUUAUAACGGAAAAAGUGACAGUAGGCCAGUCCCUAAUGCGGAUCCUGCAGCUCUUCCAAAAGUCAUCUCGGGAUGUUGUGGAUGAGAGUGACGAGAAUUUCAACGUCAAGUUCGAGCUGAUAUACACCAUGGGCACUCAAAGUGCUAUCGAGCUCAGUCCACAGAGAUGGAUGCUAAUUCACCAGCUCCUGGGGCUAGUGCGCACUUAUGCUUCUGACGUUAAAGAAGAGCUCCCUGGAUCGAUUCAAUUAGAUGAGCAGAAAUCCGGCGGCUUCCCGAGAUUACGCUUACUCUAUCGCGACGCCGAAAAGAUGCUCAUCUCUCGCAUAGCAACACAUAUAUGUGAUUACGGCAUCGACUCUCUGCAAAUCUUCAGACAGUCGCCUGCAGUUCGAAAGGCAGUGUACACAUACAUCACAAAGUCAGAGCUAUCGAGCGAGGAGAUUGCGGGUGUUGAGAAUAAUAGCUCGGCGGGAUUUUGGACAGAAAGCACCAAGGGGCCACUCCUUUUGCUUCGUGGCCUACUAGCUGGAGGAGUUUUGCCCUUCUGUUUCUCUCACAAACGCUGGAGGGUCAAUUAUGGAUUGGAUCCGAAUAGAGACCCGUCGACAAAGCUUUGCGUCCCCUACCGAGCUAAGGACAAUCCCUCGCUUCGAUCGGAAUUUAGCCAUCCCGACGUGGUUUUGAUAUUGACAUCCCUAAAUUACUACUACGCUGGACUUGAUGAUGCGGAUUUGUUCCUGGCAUUCUACCACUUGGUGAAAUCAGACCAGGCAAAUGUGGAAUAUCAGGCAUGGGUGAGCGACGCACCAGCGCUUUCAAAUGCCUACCGCCAACUUGUUGGGGUAAAUCUCGAGGAUCGACAGCAGUGCUUGGAUUGUAUCUUCCCGGCUCUCCGAUUUUCCAAGCCGGCGAUAGACUAUUUUCUUGCUCAGAUAGUCUUCCCCAAAGAGGUCAAGGAGUUUCCCGACAAACUGUCUGCAUCCGGCUGGGAUAUCGGAGAAGUCAAAGCGAACCCAACCGUGGGCUUCAGUGGAACAAACGACUCCCGAAAGACGUUGCCUUUGAGUGUUCAGCAGCUGGACCUCCCGGAGCAAAACCACACCAAUGCCUUGGUUCUGGAGUACCUUUUGCGCCCUGAAAACUCGGUGAUAUCUAUCCCGGAUCGCGAUGAACUGUCAAAAUCAGAUGCGGAAAGUCUGCUUGAUCUCGUUUCCAGCUUGAAUCCACCGACUCAAGUGAUCCUGGAUGUGGGUGCACAGAUCCUGGAGCUUAGUAACCUAGAAGUGGCAAAGAACUGGCUCGAAAGGCUCCCGAAAGAUGGACCGAUACAGGGUAUUGUGUUUGUCAAUGAUAACGACGAGAUAGUUGUUCUUGACCGUAAUCAUCGGGUGGAACCUUUGCAAAUCUCGCCAUUUUCGCGACAAAUGGAGGCAUGCUUUGUCUUCCUCGACGAAGCUCACACAAGAGGUAUUGACCUAAAGCUCCCUCCAGACUAUCGCGCGGCAGUCACCUUGGGCCCGGGAAUUUCGAAGGACAAGCUUGUUCAAGCAUGCAUGAGAAUGAGGAAGCUCGGAAAUGGGCAGUCCGUUGUCUUUUGUGUCCCUAGAGACAUACGACUUAAGAUAAUGGCACUCUGCGGGAAGACCAGCACAGCAGAGAUCAAUGUCUCAGAUGUCCUCUGCUGGGCAGCUUCUGAAACUUGGAUUGAAAUCCAACGUGAUAUAUCUCUCUGGGCAGUUCAAGGAAGACGAUUCGAGCGACAAAGCCGAAUAUGGCGUGACGUUCACGCAAGAAGUUGGAGUGACAUGCGCAUAAGUGAUGCUCAAAAAUUCCUAGAGCCCGAAUGCCGGAGCCUCGAAUAUCGUUAUAGGCCUGGUAAUGAAGAGAAUGAAAUAAUGCACGAUGCAUCGGGUGACAGCGAUACUUUGCAGUUGAUAGAGAAUCGCUGCCGUGAGUUCGAAUUGGAUAGCCACACUGCGGCGCUUUCCGGACUCCAGGAGGAGCAAGAGCGUGAGCUUUCCCCGGAAAUUGAACGAGAGCGCGAAGUUCAACGACCGCCACCAGCAACCCCCGAGCAACAUAAUGUCCACCCAGAUUUGCAUGCAUUUGUCGCCACUGGCAGGAUUAAGACUAAUUCCAAAGCCUACGGGCCUGCAUUUCAAACGCUGAGCAAUACCUCUGCGGCCUCAUUGCUGGAUCUGUCCCAAUUUCCCACCAGCUUGCUUGUUACAAAGGACUUCGCUACCACAAUAAAGCAAGUUUCGGGCUCACGUUCCACGGGCGACGCUUUUCAACGGCCGGUAAGAUUUAUCCUAACCAGUGACAAGCGCGAGCUUUCUACCGGCAGAAGAGCCGUGACAAACAUGAUAAUUAUUAGCCCAUUCGAGGCUCAAAGUGUGAUCGGUCAUGUCAAUCAAUCGAACUGGAGUACUCUCCAUCUUUACACGCCGCGGCAGAACCAAAAGUUCCUCUCCUUGGACCGUCUGGAUCUGUACAAUGUCUCCAAAAGUCCCGGCGAGAUCGAAGUUCCCGAGACUCUUCGAAUCAUGCUUAACCUAUUCGCAGGGCAGCUUUACCUUGAGUCAUACUCGGAGUAUCAGCGACUGUGUGAAUUCCUAGGCGUGGCCUCUGUGAAGACCCGAACAGGCCUCGUGGUUGCGCCUGAUGGCUUCAUCUUGGAGGGCGGCGACCCAUCCAAAACGCCGUUUCGCGUAAGCCCCUUGAAGUUCCUCAAAGUCCUCUUGUCGGAGAUCCGGAAAGACUGUCAGCAUAUUGAUAGGACCCAUCUGGGUAAAAUUGUGGAUGGUCGGCUGCUGCAUCCUUCGGACUUUGAAGACUCCCUUGCGUGA